GUCACUUGUGACUUGUCAAAAUAAAUAUUUUUGUUGUAGAAAGCGGCACUUUUAAAAGUUAAACCUAAAAUAUAAAAGAAAAUCACUACUAAUCCUAAUUAAAUUGUAUAUUACAGCACGAACUAUCUCCACUUUGAAAAUGUUGAAGGUGAAAUGAUAACUACGAUAAAUAAUUGCAACACAAAAUGUAAACAUAACCUCAACUCUUAUAACCUUAAAUUCUAGGGUGCAGUAAGUUUGGUGACCGGUGGAGCUUCAGGUCUGGGGAAGGCGACCGUGGAGCGGCUAGUUCAAAAUGGCGGCAAAGUUGUCAUCCUGGACGUGCAAGGCACGAGAGCGCAGGAAUUCGCUAAACAGAUUGGCAGUGAUGUUAUAGCAUCUCCAGGAUGUGUGACAUCAGAAGAGGAUGUGAAGAAAGCCUUGUCUAUAGCCAAAGACAAGUUUGGUCGACUCGACAUCGUGGUGAACUGCGCCGGGCUGGCUCAGACCUUCCAGACUUACAACUUCAAGACUGACCGAGCACACGAGUUGGAAGAUUUUGUUAAAGUUGUCAAUACAAACACAGUAGGAACAUUCAACGUGAUCCGUUUAGCGGUGGGUCUGAUAGGCAAAAACCAGCCUUCAGAAGACGGUCAGAGGGGUGUUAUUGUGAAUACUGCGUCCACUAUAGCCUACGAAGGGGACAUCGGGCAGGCUGCGCUGGCGGCGUCAGGGGCCGGCAUCAUUGGCAUGACUCUACCCAUUGCGAGAGAUCUGGCCAAGCAAGGGAUCAGGGUUGUCACUAUUGCACCAGGUGUCUUCGACACACCCCUAGUCUCUUACCUGCCUUUCAGGAUGAUAGAGUUCCUCAAAAGAAUGACGCCGUUCCCCUCAAGACUCGGAAAACCUGAAGAAUUCGCGCAUUUAGUCACCAGCAUAGUGGAGAACCCCAUGUUGAAUGGAGAAGUUAUAAGACUAGACGGCGCCCAAAGAUGGUUCCCGUUGUAAAAUGUUAAAUACCUAUUAUGUUUAAG